UGGAACAAGUGUUCGGUGCGGUGGCAAAUCCUUUCUGCACACACCGUCUUUAUCGCACUCUGGAUUAAUCCGUUAGGUCUUUGAAAUGACGGACAAUGAAACAGAUGUCCAGUUAUUUGUAUCGCUUGGUUUAAGUGAACAGAAAGCGAAAGAAACGUUAAAAAAUGUAGUCUUGAAAAAUUACCUGAAAGAAGCUAUAGCUGCGGGUAAAACUGAAAGCGACUUUACAGCUUGGAAAGACAAUGGUGUCGGAACUCUACUCUACCACCUCGCAUCAAAAGCUAAACCUCAGGCAGCACAGUAUUUCCCUUUGGUUGCCAAAUAUAUUUCACAAGGGAAGCUUGAUUCUACACUUAGAGUAGAUGCUGCUCUGGAUUACUUGAUGUCUCAUCUUCAGGGCACUUUUAACACAGCUGAAUUUGAGUCAGCAUGUGGUGUUGGUGUCAAAAUUACUGCUGAGGACAUUGAACGUGCUGUUGAAAAGCAAAUUAACUUGUCAAAGCAGGAGCUACUUGAGAAGAGGUACAGGUUUAAUUAUUUUCCUCUCAUGCAGGCAGUCAGAAAUGAGUUAAAAUGGGCUGAUGGAAAAGCUGUGAAAAAUGAAAUGGAUCUUAUGGUGAUGAACUUACUUGGACCUAAAACUGAAGCAGAUCUGGCACCAGCACCAACAAACAAAACUGAAAAAAAAUCAAAGGCUCCAAAAGACUCAAAAUCAAGUUCAAAGGACACAAGUGCCAAGGAUGACAAAACAGUCACCUCAUCUGGUCCUGUUACAAUGGUGGAGUUAUUAGGAAAAGUAAAUUUCCACAAACCAGGAGAAAAUUUCAAAACUGAUGGAUAUGUUGUAACUCCCAACACCAUGCAACGUCUUAAAGAACACUUGAAGCGGACUGGUGGCAAGGUUAUUACAAGAUUUCCACCAGAACCUAAUGGUAUUUUACACAUUGGUCAUGCAAAGGCCAUCAAUAUUAAUUUUGGUUAUGCUAUUUCACGGGGUGGUGAAUGUAACCUACGUUAUGACGACACAAAUCCUGAAAAAGAAGAAGAGAAAUUUUUCACUGGUAUCAAAAACAUGGUUGAAUGGCUAGGCUACAAGCCAACCAAAAUUACACACUCCUCUGAUAACUUUGAACAGCUUUAUCUUUGGGCUAUCCAGCUUAUCAAGGAGGAUAAAGCAUAUGUGUGUCAUCAAACAGCAGAAGAAGUCAAGGGUAUUGACGCACCUCUCUCACCAUGGCGAGACCGUCCAAUUGCUGAAAGCUUACAACUUUUUCAAGACAUGAAAAAUGGAAAACUAGAAGAAGGAGAAGCCACCCUCCGCCUGAAAGUGACACUUGAAGAGGGCAAACAGGAUCCUGUUGCUUAUCGCAUCAAAUAUGUGCCCCACCAUCGCACUGGAGAUAAAUGGUGUAUUUAUCCUACAUAUGAUUAUACUCAUUGCCUUUGUGAUUCAAUUGAAGACAUCACUCAUUCUCUGUGUACAAAGGAGUUCCAGAAUAGGCGGUCCUCUUAUUAUUGGCUUUGCAAUGCCUUAGAUAUAUACUGUCCUGUACAGUGGGAGUAUGGCCGGUUAAAUGUGAAUUACACUGUAGUUUCCAAAAGAAAAAUUGCAAAAUUGAUUACUGAAGGAAUUGUUGCUGACUGGGAUGAUCCCCGUCUCUUUACACUCACUGCUCUGCGUCGUAGAGGUUUCCCCAAGGACGCAAUCAAUAAUUUCUGUGCUCAGAUGGGUUUGACUGGCAGUUUAGUGGUUGUUGAUCCUCACAUGCUUGAAGCAUGUGUUCGUGAUGUUCUGAAUGUCACAGCUCCACGAGCCAUGGCUGUGUUAGACCCUCUAAGAAUUAUCAUCACAAACCACCCUGGAAGUAUGCAAGUUGAUGUUCCUGAUUAUCCUGCAGAUCCUGAUUCCAAAAAGCAUACCAUUCCUUUUGGGCCAGAAAUAUUUAUUGAACACGAUGACUUCAAAGAGGUACUUGAGAAAGGCUACAAAAGGUUGGCUCCUGACCAGCCUGUUGGACUGCGCCACUCAGGGUACGUCAUCAGUGUGACAGAAGUGCUGCGCGGGCGUUGUGGUGACGUUAUGGAACUCAGGGCAACAUGUGCUCCUGCUGAAACUAGCAACAAACCCAAGGCCUUCAUUCAUUGGGUGUCCAACCCCAUUAAUAUUGAGGUUCGACUCUAUGAGCGACUGUUCAACCAUAAGAACCCAGAAGAUCCAAAAGAAGUACCUAACGGAUUUUUAUCUGACUGUAAUGUAGACUCCUUGAGAAUCAUGCAGGCUCUUGGAGAUGUGUCCCUGGCUAAAGCCAAAGUGUAUGAUAAAUUCCAAUUUGAAAGAAUUGGCUUCUUCUCAGUUGACCCAGACUCUACCUCAUCCCAGAUUGUUUUUAAUAGAACUGUGACUUUGAAAGAGGACGCAGGGAAAGCCUAGUGUAGAUUCUGCCAAGAGGUAUAUUUCUGUAAUUGCUCUAAGAACGCGUAUAUUUUUAAAAGAUAAGAGAUAAGUGAUCAAUGCCAAGGAAAAUAAAUUAAUGUGUCUCAUA